AUGGGCACCGACCUCGACCUCACGGCAGGCGCGCUCCUGCUCGGGGUGCUUAUCACAGACAUCGGAUAUGGAAUCACCACGACACAAACGUACAUGUAUAUGACUCGCUUCACAAGGGACCCGUGGUUCAUCCGAGGGACAGUCUGGACGCUUCUGGCGAUAGACACCGCGCACAUCGCGUUUACAUGGCACAUGGUGUACCACUAUCUUAUACGCAACUUCAGCAACGCAAUCAUUACGGUCAUCGCACACUGCUUCUAUGCUCGGCGCAUCCUUAUACUUGGGGGGCGCAAGUGGCUGCUUCCGGCACUGCUCAUCCUUAUACUCUCCGUCAUGCGAUUGGUAUUCGGGUUUAUCGCGGUCAUUCAGAUCGAUAGCCUCAAAUCGUUCCAGCUCAUCAAACACGGAACUCUCGUCACGGUGGUUAUCGGGCUAAGCUCCGGCACGCUAGCGGACUGCGUCAUUACCGGGUCGCUCGUGUACCUUCUCCGAAUCCACAAGUCUGAACUGAGUCCUCCCGAAACCUCGUAUCCCCAAAUGCUCUCGCUGAUGGGUCUCGUCUUGAUGCUGAUGCUUAGCACGGUGCUGCAAUUUGCCCCGAUGCCGGCCAAUAUGGUCUUCAUCGCAUUGCACAUGCUACUCAGCAAACUCUAUGCCAACUCGCUGCUUGCGACGUCAGUUCUCUUUCUCGGCAUGCAGGACCUCCUCGCUUGGAUUUGCUAA